UAGCGUUUGAGCUAAAAACGAAGCUCGCGCCAGAGUAUCUCUCUCAAGUAUUCGCCUCCGAAUAAUUUAAACCUACUUCGGUAUAAUGGCCAGAGAUAACACCGUUCUCGCGGGUGGCGUGCGAUCCUAAGAAAGAGCAGAAUGCGGCCGUGCCCCACCUUCCUGCUGGUGCUGCUGCGCUGGGUGCGGUUGCGCAUGUGUGCCAGACGGUGGCGCUACAACAAUGGCAACAACAGUAGACUACCGCUGUGUGUGAGACAGAGAUGGGCCUACCUCAAACUGAUGGUUAACUCCCUCUAUUACAACUCCCUCACCAACUCUGAUGUCGUCAUGGACUCACUGAUGGAACCCAUCUUCUGGAUGGUGGACCUACUCACCCGCUGGUUCGGGGCGGUGUUUGUCUGUCUGGUGGUGAUACUGACCAGUUCUAUCCUGCUGAUAGCCUACGUGGGUCUGCUGCCCUUGAUUCUCAACACCUACUCUCCACCCUGGAUAGUCUGGCACAUCGGUUAUGGACACUGGAACCUCAUCAUGAUUGUCUUCCACUACUAUAAAGCCACCAAGACCGCCCCAGGAUACCCCCCUACGGUAAAGAAUGACAUUCCGUUUGUGUCCGUGUGUAAGAAGUGUAUCAUCCCCAAACCAGCCAGGACUCACCACUGUGGCAUCUGCAACACGUGCAUUCUGAAAAUGGAUCAUCAUUGUCCGUGGCUGAAUAACUGUGUUGGCCAUUUUAACCAGCGCUACUUCUUCUGCUUCUGUCUCUCCAUGACCCUGGGCUGUGUCUACUGCAGCAUCAGUGGCCGUAACCUCUUCCUAGAUGCUUAUAGUGCUAUAGAGCGCUUCAAACACAUGGACUUGGAUAAAUCAGGUGUCCCGGUGACAGGGAUGGGGCAACUCAUAGGAAUCUUACCUCCUGGGCAGAGCACCUACCAGACCCCCCCUCCUCCCUACACGUUCAGAGACAAGAUGUUCCACAAGAGUAUCAUCUACAUGUGGGUAUUAACUAGCACGGUGGCUGUAGCUCUGGGGGGGCUGACUAUCUGGCACGCAGUGCUGAUAUCCCGAGGAGAGACCAGCAUAGAGAGACACAUCAACAACAAGGAGGCCGAACGCAUGGCCAAACAUGGCAAGGUGUACAAGAACCCCUUUAACUAUGGCAGACUAAACAACUGGAAAGUCUUCUUUGGUGUGGAGAAAAGAAGUCAUUGGCUGACGCGAGUCCUCCUGCCCUCUGGACAUGCCCCCUAUGGGAACGGCCUGACCUGGGACAUCUAUCCAAUCAGAAAAGACAUGAUCCCCGUCUGAGCCAAAUAGAAAAUAACUGACUUGAGACAUCUACCCAAUGAAGAAAUACCCGAUGGCUGUCUGACCCCUGACCCCACAGGCUCUGUCUACAGAGAAAACUACAUCUCCCUGUGGCCCCUGCUCCCUACAGGUGCUAAAGACCGAUGACCAGGUUCUAUAGACGAGAAGUGGAGUUCUGAGCUGGAGAGUGAAUACUCAGAGGACUACAGGGAUGGCCAGCAGGGAAGAGAUGGGGAAUGUUUGCAGCGCCCAAGUGAAACAAACCUGGUCAUUUCCAUGUAAAAGGACCCAUGAGCACCAACGUAAAGUUCAUAGGAGCAUGUCAAAUUGGGUAUCAAAUGAA